GACAAUGAUGAUGUAGCAUCAAACUUUUCAGUAAAGAGAGCAGGAAAGGUUAGAUCUAUUACACCUCGUGUCAUAAAGGUAGAUCAGAAGAAGCCAAAGGUUGGACGUGCCAAGAAGAGACACCUCUACAACCGACGCUCCAGAACUGACUUUGGAAGGAAAGUUUCCUACAACAAGCAAUCA